UUCUGCGUGUAACGUUUGUUUACUUGAAAAAAUAUGAGAACUACAUUUUAGGCGGAGGACUACUUUCCGAUCAGAUUGGUGCUCAAUCCUUUCACACUGCGCGUGGUUCUGCUGCAAGCAUGAGUACGCUGCGCUUACAGAAGCGGCUGGCCGCCGCCGUCCUCAAGUGCGGCCGCAAGAAAGUCUGGCUGGAUCCCAAUGAGACGAACGAGAUCGCUAACUCAAACUCUCGCCAGAAUAUACGGAAGCUCAUUAAGGAUGGCUUGAUCAUCCGCAAGCCUGUGGCGGUGCACUCGCGUGCCCGCGUUCGCAAGAACCAGGAGGCUCGGCGCAAGGGUCGGCACACUGGCCCUGGCAAGAGGAAAGGUACGGCCAAUGCCCGUAUGCCCCGCAAGGUCAUCUGGAUCCGCAGGAUGCGUGUCCUCAGGCGGCUGCUCAAGAAGUACCGCGAGGCUAAGAAGAUCGACAAGCACCUGUACCACGACCUGUACCUGAAGGCCAAGGGCAACGUGUUCAAGAACAAGCGUGUCCUGAUGGAGUACAUCCACAAGAAGAAGGCUGAAAAGGCCAGGACCAAACAACUCAACGACCAAGCGGAGGCCAGGAGGCAGAAGGUUCGCGAGGCCCGCAACCGCCGUGCCGAGAGGAUACAGCAGAAGAGGGCAGAGAUGCUGCUUUCCCUCCAGAAAGAAGAGGCUGCAGCCGUCAAAAAGUGAAACUGCCGCACUGGUGUGGAGGAGAAAUAAAAAAUGUGGACUGUUCAUACUGUA